GGUGGUGCGAUCUGUAACUUCACCGGCCUCCAAAUCAAUCGUCCCCUACAAUUUCCAGAGAAGAAAAUCGAAUGGUGUCCACACAUCCCCCUGUGCUUCCGAUUUCCUCCACCGCCACCACUCAGCCUCCGAUUGUAACCGCUGUGGUGGAAUCGCAACCUCCAGCCGUCCGUGCAUUUGUCAACGGCGUAACCGAGACGGUCCGUGGUGGUCUAUCUCGAAGCCGUCCGUGGUCAGAGCUCCUCGAUCGAUCCGCUUUCACCAAGCCUGACUCUCUCUCCGAGGCCGCGACGCGAUUCCGGAAGAAUUCCUCCUAUUUCAGGGUGAAUUACGUCUGCAUCGUUGCUCUAAUCCUCGGGUUCUCUCUUCUCGCCCACCCAUUCUCGCUCAUCCUCCUCCUAUGCCUCGCCGCUUCCUGGCUCUUCCUCUACCUCUUCCGUCCAGCAGAUCGUCCUCUUAUCCUCUUCGGCCGAUCUUUCUCCGAAUACGAAACUCUAGGUGGCCUGAUCCUCUCCACGAUCGCCGUGAUCUUCUUCACAAGCGUCGGAUCUGUACUGAUAUCCGCUCUCAUGAUCGGGAUGGCAACGGUCUGCGUCCAUGGCGCAUUUAGAGCUCCCGAUGAUCUCUUCCUGGACGAGCAAGAUCCUGCCGCCGCCGGAUUCCUCUCAUUCAUCGGUGUCCCCGCCGUGGCACCCUCCGCCUCCUCAGCGCCAUCCCCCGUAUAGUUACUGUUCUCAGAAUCUGGCAGUUUGUCGUUUAGAAAUUUGACGGUGGAGAUGUAAUUUUCUGUGGCCAUUGUUGCAAUGUAAUUUUCAUUGAAGUCACUCACCAAUCACCAUUGAACAGAUGUUUUAUAAUGUCCACGUAAGCAAUUGUUGUUUCGAACGAUUUCCGGUUAGCAUUCGUGCCGUUUUAAUCUCAAUAAAACGCUCACUUGUCU